AUGGAUGCCUCAACCCAACCUACCCUCGAAGAGCUGGAGACGUCAUGGGCCCCGGGUGUCUUCGGAAUGAAAUAUCUCACUGGCAUACGCACGACAAACUUGGUCCUUUCUGUAUUACCUCCAGCCGAUUUGGCUUAUAACUGGUUGUUCGUAUUCUUGUUGUGGUCCAUCACUCUCUUGACGCUUUCGCGCUUGGUGGUGCGCGUAGAAGCCAUGAGAGAUAGAGUUGGCACUAUGACACUGUACGUUGAUGAGUUGGAGCUGACAGUACAGAAUGAGGAAUGCGCUCAAUCCGCAGAGGGCGGCAGUCCGCCGUUCAUCACAAUCAACACCGUCACGACAACGUGUAUUAUAUAG